AUAACGCAGUCAGCAGUAGUUGAACGCGUUGAGUGCUUGCGACAUUUAGACGUGGUGCGGUCGUAUCGAGAAAUUGUGCGCGGAACAAACGCACCGAGUAAUAAUAAUAAAAUAGCUAACACAAGACUACCGAGCAGAAAAAUUGUAGAAAAGGUAAAAAAAUAAACGUACAAAGCGAAUAGAGCUGCAAAACGUGUGUGAAGUAAGCGUACUUAUUUAGUAAUAAAGAAUAUUGUGGCGAAUAGCGUUUAAUUUAUAUUAAAAAAUAUAUAACGCAGUGUAUGUGUGUAUGUAUGUAAUUGCCGAAUUACGCGAAAAACGAAAGGCAUACUAUUUGUAAUAAACGAAGUGUGGAGUGCGCGGCGGAGCAUCAUUUGUGCGUGUGAGCAAAUUUGUGUGUUGGCGUAGCGGCAGCAGCAGUCAAUGUAGGCGCCGUCGCCACAAUAUAUGUAUAUACACUGCGUAAAUUCAAUAAUAGUUAAUUUUUUUUACCGUCUGUGGCUUCUCUACCAUUUUCAUCCAGUGCCAGUGUCUUUUCAUACAGUUUUAGUUUGGCUGUUUUGUGUUUUUUGCAAUUCAGCUGGUGAGACCAAGUGAGCGAGUUGCCAGCUUGGUUUGAUAAAUGGCUAAAUAAAUCUCGCUUGAGCGCAAAGUGUUGUUGUAUUGGAAAGUAAAAGAGAUAAUAAUAGAAAAAAGAAGAAUUAACUGUGUUUGGUGCUAUAAAUUUGUUGGCCAACUUUUUUGUUGGCUAAAGCUAAAAUGCCGGUGAUUAGCGCGCGCCUAUGCGCCAAGACAGUGCAACAAAUCAGUGGAAUUUACUUGUUUGUGAAUGAACGAGCGCCUACCGCCUAGUGCAUCGUCUCAGCUCGCGCGUUUCGACCUACUCAUUUGCAUGGCUUGAGUGCAACGAAACGCCAACGCGCUCAGCAUUUGUAACGCCAUACGCCUCCACAGCGCCAUAAUAUAUCUAUAUACAUAUAUGUACAAUAUAUUUAAAGAAAAAAGUGUAACAGCGCGUCUGCAAGUGCUCCACUGUAGGCGGUAAAUCGUACGGGUCGUUUGGUCGGUCGGGUGCCAACAACAACAUUGCCAUUGUAAAGUGCAGUCAUAUGCAAUGUCUCAAAAUGGCUGCAUACAAAAAGAAAAGUGUUGUUCGAAGUUUAAUUUUGCCAUGAAGCAGCAGCAGCGCUAGCAAUGGGAAUUAAUUAAUUAAUAAAUAUGCUCAAUUGUCGACUAUUCAAAAAUAUUUUCAGGCGCUGAAAAUAAAUUUGAAAGCAAAUUAAUCUCUGGGAUUUAAUUCCUCUUUUAUCACUGCGUUUUUUGUACGUCGUUUGAAAAAUAUCAUAAAAUUUAUUCCCAAACGUUAUCAACGUAUCAAGCAAAAUUAAAAACAAAACCAGCAACAACCAUGUUUAAUAUCUACAAAAACGCAUCGCCAACAUCAACUACUUGGAUAGCAACGUCAUCGGCAACGUCGGGUUCGGAGAUGACGGCAGGCAAACGGCGCGCGGCUGGUGGCAUUUUAACCAGUCUCACGCCAACACAUGUGACCACCAGCGGUAGCAGAAAAUUUUUACUUGCCGUCGCGCUGUUUGUCCUGUUGGCCAGCGUUAAUGGUGCUACUGAUCAGAAGACUGUUAAACCAUCACCAACAUCGCCGUUGUCAUCAUCAUCAGCGAGUCUCUCAGCAACGCCUAAAGACGAAAUUUACAUUGACGAUGAGAGCAUUGAGGGUUCAGGCGGUCGUGGUGGGCUGCACGAUGAUUUAGACAAGGAUCCCGAUUAUUCCGGUUCCGGUUUUGGUCCAGAUGACGAAGACUCAUCCACCGAUCUACAGCCAUCGCAUCGCGGAAACAAUAUACACACACAAUCGGGUAAACAUAAUACAGUUUUGACCACCGACGACAACGACGAUCUCAUCACCAGUAGAACUCAUCAUCAAACGAAUAGUGGCACAAUCAUUGGCAGUAAUAGCGGCAGCAAUUCAGGCAUCAUCGGUGGCAAUAGUGGUAGCAACACUGGCCUCAAUACAAUUGCCACCACGACGAAACAAACGUCUCCAUCCACCACCACCACAAAUCAAAAUACACCCACUCUCACCCACAUCACCACCACCACAAGCUCUGCGACGGCGGGCAAAAAUCGCGGCUCAUACCUAUAUCCCAACCAAGUCCAACAAACCCACUUACCCGCAGCACCUCACUACCCUGCAGGCGGCGCUGCGCACACAGACGACGAAGACUUCGAUCUCGGCGAAGGCGAUGAUGACGACGCCAAGCAACAGCUGGGCGGCGCUGGCUCAUUUGCCGGCAGUGGUGAUGGUGAUCAUGACGACGAUGACGACGAUCACACGGGCGAUGUGGAUGACGAUGAUGAGCACGAGGUGCUCAUUGAGCGUCCACAUCAACCCAAAAACGAUUUCGGUUUGGGCAAAGAACCAACCGCUGCGGUGGAGAACGGCACCAGCACAAGCAGCACCACCGCAACGUCCACCACUACCACCACUGGCAGCAGCAGCGGCAGCAAUGAUCGUGAUGGGGAGAUCAUUCGCUUGGAUGAAGAGAAUGAAUUCGAUGACACCUAUGAUGAGGAUGACAAGGACGAUGACGAGGAUGAUGAGGACGGUCGCGCGCAUGAAGAGGAUGACAAUACCGAAGUGUAUAUUGACGGCACGGAGCCGAAUACCAAGAGCGGCGGCAGCGUCGACCAGGACAAUGAACGAGGUACCACCAAUCAAGGCAAUACCAUACACGAAUUGGACACAAACAACGUAAAUAGCCAACCGACAGACACUAAAGUGAUCGAACACACAACCGGCAACGAAGUACUCAUCAUGAAUACCAGCGACGACGAUCGAACGGCGAGCUUCUUCGCACAACCCGGCAUUUUAGCAGCUGUCAUCGGUGGCGCUGUUGUCGGCCUGCUCUGCGCCAUUCUCGUCGUCAUGUUCAUCGUUUACCGCAUGCGGAAAAAGGACGAGGGCUCCUAUGCGCUCGAUGAACCCAAACGCUCGCCGGCUGUCAAUUCCUAUGCGAAAAACGCGAAUAAUCGCGAAUUCUAUGCCUGAGAUAAUUCCCAACGUUACUAGAGAGUAGACGCUGUGGCGCAGGCGGUGCGUGUAGGCGGCGUGAAGAGGGCGGCGAGCGCAGCAGCAGGAAGUAUAGAGAAGAGUGUAGGCGAUAGGUGCGCAGGAGGAGCAGUGAAUGGGAAAAAAAUAAAAUAAAAUUUAAUAAAAUGUAAGCGAAUAAGUAAAUAGUGAAUAGUGAAACAAAUUACAAAGAAACAAGAAAGAAGAGCGGAAGCAGCAGAACAACAAAACAGUAUGAACGUGUGAAACGGAAGCGUAACGAAAACUGUAACAAGCAAUUAUUAUUUUUGCAGAGAAUUUGCGAAUCUUUAUUUUUUUUUU